CACAUGCACUCCACUCGGUGCAGCUCCUCAUCCUUCCUCCCUGGUAUCUCCUCCCUCACCCCGCCCGCCUCGCAUUAUCCCCAGCGCUCAUCCGCGUGCCCCUUUCGUGCCCCUUGCGUGUCGCGCGUGCGCUCGUCCGCAAUGGACGCCGCGUCGCUCAGCGCGCCAUCGCGCCUGCUGCGCCACUCGCUCGUCGAUGCGCCCCUACCGCGCGCACCCCUCAGUCGUGACGUCAUCUCCCGCCGCGCUCACCGUCUUCCGCCUCUCCGCGCGCGCGCAUCAGGCGGGGGCGGUGGGGGCGGCGGCUUCCCCAAGGGGCAGGGCCUCGUGGGCCUCAAUGGCCAGCCGCUCUCCUCCAGUAGCAAUAGCGGCGGCGGCGGCGGCGGGCUGUACCUGCCGUUUCUGAAGCCGGCGGAGCGCGCGCCGGAGGAGGCGGGGGGGUCGGUGGAGGAGUUGCUAGAGGCGGUGCGCGAGCGGCGCGGGCUGUGGUACGAGUACGCGCCCGCCAUCGCGGCGCUGGGGCGGCAGGGGCUGUCGCCAGCGGCGAUCGCGGAGGCGACGGGGAUGACGGGCGUCGAGCAGAGCGCCGUGACGACGGCCGCGCAGGUGCGCGCGACGCUGACGGGCGCGGGGAUGGACGCCGCGCUGCUGGCGUUCUUCGACGUGGGCGGCGCGGAGGCGCUCUACGAGCUGCGCGUGCUGGCGGGCGCGCAGCGGAAGGAGGCGGCGGAGUACGUGGCGCGGGAGGGGCUGGACGGAAAGGGCGCGCGGGACGUGGCGCGGGCGAUAAAGGAGUACGAGCGGCGCAAGCGAGAGGCGGACCGAAGCCACUUCAGUGCUGCCCCCGGCGACUGUCUGGCGUUCGCCUUCUACCGCCAGAGCGGGGAGGCGCGCAGCCGCGCGGAGCGGGAGGCGGCGCUGGAGAGGGCGGGGCAGGUGGCGCAGACGGAGGGCGCUUCCGCCUUCCUCGCCUCCGCGCUGCACCGCUGCCGCAACCCCGACGCUGCGCCCCCCGCGCACGCUGCCGCCCACGCCACUGGCGCCGGCGCCCCCGCGGUGGCGGCAGCUGCGUCGCUGGCAGUGGUGCGGCUGCGGUCCAGCGAGACCCAGGCCACGCCCGUGCCCGUGGUCGCGUGCGCCGCUGACCUGGCACGCCUGCCCGCGCUGCCGCAGCCGCAGGGCCCCUUCCGCCUCUUCUCCCCGCCGCCCGGGCUGCCGUGGGUGGCGCUGCCGUCGUGGCCCGCCCUGAGAGGCGUGCCGUCGCUGGUGGCGCUGCUGCUGCCCUCGCCCUCGCUGCUGCCGCCGCUGCAGGCGCGGCAGGGGGACGGGCCCGUGCUGGUGGUGGUGGCGGGCGGGUGGGGUGAGGGCAGUGCGGUGGAGAGCAAGCACUACUACGUGGUGCGAGAUGCGGAGAGGGGGGGGGAGCGAGGGCUGGUGGUGGUGGCGGGGGGGAGGUGGGGGAGCGGUAUGGAGAGGGGGCAGGCGCAGCAGUGGUGGGGCAGGUGGUGGUGGCGCUGCUGCCGCCCGACAUGGAGGUGGAGGAGGAGGAUAUCGACGUGGACGACUGGGAGUGACGCGGGGGAGGCAGUGCCAGGGGGGAGGUGCACACACAAGGCAGGGCACGGGGAGGGUGGGCACUGUGCUGGGCCGGCGGGCAGCAGGCGCGGCCAUAGCAGCAGGUGGCGCAUGGUGCUUGCUGGCAUGCGAGUGAGCCCGCCACACGCGUGGCUGCGUCUGGUCCCAAGCCUGUGUCUGGCGAAUCAGGGCGGGCAUGAAAGGUGGUCAGCCCAGGGUGCUCUCACAGCUCAGGAGCCAAGCUGGUUCCUGUAGGGGUUAGGCUUGUUCAUUGCAUAUUAUCUACAGCUAUGGGUUGGUUUGUUUUGCUGAGUACCAAUGCAAUGCAAAGAAAAGGAUUGAUGCCGG